UUUGCAAACAAAUGCCAAAUAUUUAUAAUAUUUUGUAAUUGAGGCUUUCCUAAUUGUAUAUAGACAUCCGCAUGGACUGAAAAGAUGAUGUGAAUACCGGUAUUUACUAAAAUACGGAAGGGAAUAAUUAAAUAACAUCGUUUUAGUGAGCAAUUAAGCACAAAAUUGAUAAGAUCCAAAUAUUUUUAGUCCACACGAGUGUUCACGUCAUCUCUUGGAUUCACCCGAGUGUUAAACGAUCGUUAAGUCGGAGUGGCUAAUUGUACGAAAUUAAAGAUUUUAGUUAAACCGACCUCCAUCAUUGGGUGUUAGACGUGAUAGGGUCUCUAUGUUAAGGACGUAUUUGAUACUUAAUCAUUUAACUUAUUUUGGUGUUAAAAUUGAUGCAUAAUAUCGACUAAAGCUGUUACAAGCAGCAAUUGGCGCUCAUUUCAAACUACGUUAAAUAUGAGAGCAAUCUAUACUGGCGAUUAUGGGAAAAUCAUGCUCCAAGCCUCUACAUUUCCGGCUCCUUUCCUUUCAAAUCACACGUACCCACUCUUUGAGCACCGCCGCCGCCGCCACAGCUGCUGCGCCGGACUCCUUCAUUGCGUUGUGCAGGCAAGGCCACCUCAAGCAAGCCUCCACCGGCCACUUCUCGCUCAUUUCGUCAGACCCGCCUCUUGUCUCCCACCUCCUCAAAGCAUGCGUCAACACCCGCUCUCUUCCGGCGGCCCAACAGCUCCACUCCAUCAUCACCACCAGCGGCUGGUCCAAAAUCAAGUUCGUAUCCAACCACCUCAUGAACGCCUACGCCAAAUUGUGCCGCCUGGAGACCGCGCUCAAGGUGUUCGACAAAAUGCCCCAAAGAAACGUCAUGUCUUAUAACAUCGUGAUCGGGGGGCACAUACAGAAUGGGGAGCUUGGCGCGGCUGUUGAGGUGUUUAAGGGAAUGGGUGAGAGAAAUUCGGCAACUUGGAACGCGAUCAUAACCGGGAUGAUCAAGAAUGAGCUCAACGAGGAGGGGUUGAGGUUGUUUGCUCGAAUGCACUCCGAUGGGUUCUUAUCCGACGCGUAUACGCUGGCGAGUGUGCUGAGGGGAUGUGCAGGAUUGAGAGAUUUGAUCAAGGGGGAGCAGGUGCACGGUUAUGCCAUGAGAUUAGGUCUAGAGCUCGAUUUGGUUGUUGGGAACUCCACGGCUCAUAUGUAUAUGAGGUGUGGCUGUUUGAUCAUGGCCGAGAGAGUGAUUCAAUGUAUGCCGCUUUGCAACAUAGUUCUUUGCAAUACACUCAUUGCCGGCCUUGUGCAGAAUGGUUGCGCCUCAGCUGCACUCGAGACUUACUACUUGAUGAAAAGGGCCGGAUUCCAUCCCGACGAUAUCACAUUUGUGAGUGUGGUCACUUCGUGUUCUGAGCUUUCAACUCUUGGGCAGGGACAGCAAAUUCAUGCUGAGGUGGUGAAAGCAGGGGCGACGUCAGAUGCUGCUGUUAUUACCUCGUUAGUCAGCAUGUACUCGCGGUGUGGCUGCUUGGAUGAUGCUGUGAGGGCUUUUGGGGAGAGGGGUGGAGACGCUGCAGGUGAUCGUGUGCUGCUGACUUCGAUGAUUGCUGCUUAUGGAUUUCAUGGGAAAGGAAACGAGGCCAUCGAGCUAUUUGAAAGGAUGGAGCUUGAAGGGCUGCAGGCCAACAAAGUCACUUUCUUGAGCCUGUUGUAUUCAUGUAGUCACUGUGGGUUAAAAGAUAAGGGGCUUGAGCUUUUCGAUCUGAUGAUUCAGAAAUACGGAUUGGAACCCGAAGUGAAACACUACACCUGUGUGGUCGAUCUCCUCAGCCGAGCAGGCUGUCUGGAGGAAGCAGAACGUUUCAUCAGAUCCAUGCCUGUGAAGCCCGAUGCUGUCACGUGGAAAACUCUUCUGUCGGGUUGCAAAACACAUAAAAACGCGGGCAUGGCAAAGAGAAUAGCCGAGGAGGUCUUGAGAAUCGAUCCUCUAGACUCAGCCUCAUACGUGCUCCUCUCAAACGUCCAAGCGACUGCUGACAGAUGGCAGGAGGCCUGCAGGGUUAGGAAACGAAUGAAGGCGAUGAUGGUGAAGAAAGAGCCAGGGAUCAGCUGGUAUGAACUGAGGAAUGAGGUUCACCAUUUCACAAUGGGUGAUAAAUCUCAUCCACAAUCAGAAGAGAUUGGCUCAUACUUGAAACAAGUGAUGGCUGAACUGAGAUCACAUGGCUAUGUGCCCGACACCAGAGCUUCCCUGCACGAUAUGGAUGUGGAGGAGAAGGAGCAUAACUUGGCACACCACAGUGAGAAACUGGCUGUUGCGUUUGCUCUAAAGAACGCGCCCGACGGGCUCCCGAUUAGGGUAAUGAAGAAUCUGCGUGUGUGUGAUGACUGUCAUGUGGCUAUGAAGUAUAUAUCCAUGGUGAAAAAGAGGGAGAUCAUUUUGAGGGAUACCAGCAGAUUUCAUCAUUUCAGUAAUGGGCAUUGCUCUUGUGGUGACUUCUGGUGAGAUAACUGAAACCCUUUUUUUUCCAUCACGCUUAAAUAUAUUCCAUUAUUUAUUAUGUAAAUUUAGGCUGCAACUGAUUUCUCAUAUGAUUAUGUAUGUGGAAUAUAAUGAUUCAUUGGUAGCAA